AAAAGUUAAACAUAUAGUAGAGCCGUCAAACGUGUUGGUGUCGUCAACGUACUACAAAACUACAAAAUUCCAAUACAUAUAAAUCACGCUCAUUGAUAGAAAAAUCUUUAAUGUAAUAGUUAUAAAUUAAGUUGAAUUAUUUCUAUAAAAUAAAAGACGUAUAAAGUAAAUUCGGCGAAGUGUUAAGUUAAAGGCAAGGCAGGAAUUAAGAAAAUAGGUAAUUAUGUCGCGCCAAGUGGACUUAAAUAUAAAUAAAUUACUUGAUGGCUUGGGCUUAGAUGGUGAAGACAAUACCAUAUGCGACUUUACUAUUGCUGAUCAAAAUUGCGUUGCCGAGUCUCAAGGUAUUACACCUACCACUCCUUCUAAUUUCAAACCGGUACUAGGCAGCAACGUCACUUACGUUGUAGCUUGUGUGAUCGUAAACCAAUCAAAUGAAGUACUCAUGAUGCAAGAAGCAAAAGAGAGUUGUGCAGGCAAGUGGUAUUUACCAGCAGGACGAAUGGAAAAAGGUGAAACUAUUGUGCAGGCUGCAGCCAGAGAGGUGCUUGAAGAAACAGGACUUAUAUGUACUCCAACUACAUUGUUAGUGGUUGAGACUGCAGGUGGAAUGUGGUACAGAUUUGUUUUAACAGGUGAAGUCAUAGGUGGUGAGUUAAAAACACCAGCUAGAGCAGACAAGGAAUCACUGCAAGCUAAGUGGAUCUCCAAUCUUCAGGAAAUCUCUCUAAGAUCUAAUGAUAUAAUACAUCUCAUUGAAAAAGCACAGUCAUAUUAUAGCAGAAGUCCUGAGAGUCAUUGGCACAAAGAAAUCUUGCCAGCACCCAUUCAUCAUGUCAAAGAUUUAUUGAGGUUGAUUGUGGUAAUAAAAAAGAGGAGUACUAACAAGUUGCAUGUACUUUUAAGUGAGAAAACUGCAAUACAUUUUCCAACAUGUGAAAUAAAUCCUGGUAAAAGCCUCCAUUCAACAUUGAGGAGGUUUAUGGUUGAAAUGUUUGGAGCUGAUGUGGGUCAGCACAGGCCCCUGGGGUUAUUGAACCUAGAACAUGACCCUGUGGCUGAUGGCUGUUGUCUUACUCUACUUGUUGCAUUCAGGGCACCACUUGAAGAGGUGCCACUCAUUGGCAAAUGUGUCUGGCAAGAGGUUUCUCAUGGUGAUGAAAGUAGAUUACUCUCCAUUAUUACUUCAAAAAAUUCUUUGGUAGAGUUACAUGUUGUUCGUUAACACCAACACUUUAUUAUUUAGUGUUCACAGAUACAGUUCUACUUAAUUUAUCAAUUUUGUGCUGUUUGAAAAUAGUCACAUGCUUUAUAAUGAGGUCAUUUUAGAUAUUGGCCAUUUGUUAAGUACAAGAGAAAAUUAAAUUAAUUGAAAAUUGUAUGUAUCUGUUAACACUGAUAUUUAUCAAAUCAUGACAAUUAAUUUUAUUCAUAUUCUAUAAUACUCUAUUCUUCAAUUGUUAUCAUAGUUAAAAUGUUUAUCCGUCCAUUAAUAUAGGCAUUUACUUAUAUUUAGGUUAAAUCAUGAAAGUUGAAAAUGCUAGAUCUGUUGUUUACAUAAGUAUAUACACAGACUUUUUCAGAUCCAAUAAUAAUAAAAAGAAAACGAAUUACUUGAAAGCUUGACCACAAUAUUUAAAAAAAAUAUUACAAAUCAUUACAAUAAUGUAGAUAAUGAUAAAUGGAGGCAAUGAACUCAUGUAUAUAGGGUUAACGACAUAGACUCGUUAUUUGAUUAAAGUGAGAAGUUAUUUAGUGUAGAUGUGGCUUAUAAAUUGUCAUUUUAAUAACAACAUAAUAGUUAUUGUAAUCAAUUUAAUAGGUAUGUUUAUUAAAUCGGGCAGACACAUCUAUCAUCACAAGCCUAGUAAAAAAUGGAUCUGAUUUGUUUACAUGUUAAUUAUAACUCUUAAACUUAUUUAAUCAAGGAAUAAAUAUAAUUGUAAUUGGUACCUAUGAUACCUACAGUACUCUCCUCAGUAUUCUUUGUAUUUAUAGUCUAACAAAUGGUGGCAUUCCAAGGUUUUAUUAACAUAGGAUAGUUGUUAUAGAUCUACUAAUUUAAAAUUACAUAAAAUGUAUAAUUUAGUCUUAUAGUACCUGUACCAGCUGUACUUACUUGAGUUAAAUAUCUGCUUGGCCAAAGGAUUAAAAUUAUAUAGAAAUUAUUUUUAUUAAAAUGCUUGAGAAAAUAUUUAGACAGAAACAGUGGUUGUAAGCCAUAAUACUAUUUCUUAACAGUCUGUCUCAGCAGUAGUGGUAGCUACCUAACACCAAUGACCAAGCAGAUUUGUUAUUAGUUAUCCAAUAGGAUUUUGACAAAGAUGUUAUGAUUUAUUUAGAUUAUUUACAUUAUGUAGCCAGCUGGUUAUAUAACACUUUAAAGCUUUAUUUUAUUAUAUCAUUCUUUUGUUAUUUUUUUAUACAAAUAAUCAUGCUAUACUUGUUUAUUACUUUACUAAUUUAAAUAAAUGUUUAUAAAAAUA